UCCUGAGCUGCAGACAAUCACGCUCCUCGGGCAGGGAAUGACAGUCUGUUCUCUAAACCUCACCGGAAUGACAGCUACUACGAAAACAAAUUAGUAACUGAUCGUGAAUUUUAUUUCUGCUUUUUUUCCCACGCGGUUUCGUAAAUAGAUGAGUGCCUAUCCAUUAUUUGCACGGUUUUAUUUUGUUUGAGCAUUAACCAUGACUGGGGUGUUUGACAGUCUCAGCACAGAUAUGCAUUCCAACCAGAUUACCUCGAGCGGUUACCACAGCUUGCACAAGUCGCAGGAAUCCCCGACUUUACCCGUCUCUACCGCCACGGACAGUAGCUACUACAACGGCCAGCAACCGAGUCACUGUGCAGGCUCACCUUAUGGCCAGCUCGGCACUUAUCCGUACCACAACAACGGUAUGAGCAGCGUCCAGUACAACGCCAAGUCUUACGAGUUGGGCUUCAACAGUUCCUUCAGUACGUACAGCACAUACGGCUCUAGCGCAUCGCCUACUCCUACUGACGCAGAAAAAGAGGAGAACGAGCCUGAAAUUCGCAUGGUGAACGGGAAGCCAAAGAAGGUGCGCAAGCCGAGAACGAUUUACUCGAGUUUCCAGCUCGCCGCCCUGCAGAGGCGCUUCCAGAAGACGCAGUAUCUGGCGCUGCCGGAGAGAGCCGAGCUCGCCGCUUCUCUGGGCCUCACGCAAACCCAGGUGAAAAUCUGGUUUCAGAACCGCCGCUCAAAGUUCAAGAAGUUGUGGAAGAAUGGUGAAAUCCCGCCCGAGCAACACGUGGCUUCCAGUGAGUCUCCGCCGUGCCAUUCUCCUCCUGUUAACAGCGCCUGGGACUUUCCACCAAAUCAGAGGAUGAACAGUGUGAGCUCGGCUUUAGCCCCGAGCAGUGGCUCUCCCAGCACCACGGCGCCUUCCUUCCUCACCAACUACUCCUGGUACUCAUCCACGAACUCAGGCGCGCACCUCCAAGCAAACGCGCUGGCACCGCACCACCACAACACAGCCGUCAGCGCUGGGACGAUAUUUUGACAACAACGAAAA